CCCGAAUAAGUGCUGAUGCCCGCAUCUCUCUCUCUCUCCCUGUCUCGCUCGCUCUUUGCUUUGCUGCUUUACUGAGGGAAUAAGCUGCCGUCUAUUUUUGGACUUUAUCGUGGCCAUGUUUUUCUGCCCCCCUCUCUCUCUGUCACCGCUUUUUUGUGUUAAUGUAGGUUUUUAGACCAGCGGGCCAGCGUGCUGUUUGAUUCAUGUCUGGGCGAGUUGUGAGCAUCAAACAGCCUCCACCGUGUAGUUUUUUGGGCUUCUCAAUGGAAGACAUCUCUCCACUCGCUGCGAGCGAAGGAGUGCGGCACAUAUUCGCUUUGCGUGUGUAUUCCCGCAGAGGAGCGAGAGACUCUUUCUGAAUGAGGCUCUGAAGGGAAGGGGCGCGGGCAGCAGACCUGUCGGUGUUCGAGCGAGACCCGUUUGGCUGGACGAGCUCGUGCCGGCGGUUGUGGAUUCCGUGGGCGGAAAGCCUUUUCACAUUUUGAUCUUACCCAGCAGCGAGGGUACGGGGGAGGUCAAGGUGGGAUACAUGGAUUUCACAAGAAGAGAAGAUUAAUUAGAAGGUUCAAACUCCUCCAGAAGUGAGACGCUGACCCUUUCCAAGCUUUUUGUCUAGACUAGUCAAAGAGCUUUCCCCCACUACUUUCCACUGUACCCUGUUUCUGCUGCUAACUCUAACCAGACAUCAUGGGUACAGUGUUGUCGCUGUCUCCUAGCUACCGCAAGGCAGCCUUGUUUGAGGAUGGGCCGGCCACGGUGGGCCACUACACCGCCGUCCAGAACAGCAAGAAUGCCAAGGAUGCCGCUGCUGCAGCAGCAAAGUCCCUAAAACGUCCCUCAAUCAUCAGUGUGCUCCCAUGGAAACGUAUAGUGGCUGUAUCAGCGAAGAGGAAGGGGUCCAAGAAAUUACAGUCAGACAGCGGGGAUGGGGGGAAAGGAAGCUCUCCGGAUGGUCAUGCAGCCGCCACCACCAACUCAGCCUCCAAUAGCCUGAAGCUCAAGAAGUCUCAGUCCUGUGCUAACCUCUCAUCCUAUUCAUCCAGCCAGGAUCCAGCAGCCACCACUACCACUACCUCCUCCCACCUGCCCGCCUCCAAAACCUUGGCUAACGUAGCUACUGUCGUUGCCAAAAAGAAUUCCCUCACAGGUUCUGGGAUCCAGCCUUCCACUGCAGCUGGAACGCCAAAACGUGUCAUUGUUCAGGCAUCCACGAGUGAACUUAUGCGCAGCCUGGGUGAGUUCCUGUGCCGUCGGUGUUACAGAUUAAAGCGUCUAUCCCCGACAGAUCCAGUGCUUUGGCUGCGCAGUGUGGACCGCUCCCUCCUUCUUCAGGGCUGGCAGGAUCAGGGCUUCAUUACUCCAGCCAACGUGGUCUUCCUCUACAUGCUGUGCCGCGACGUGGUCUCAGCUGAGGUGGCCUCAGAGCGCGAGCUGCAGGCCUCACUGCUUACCUGCCUCUACCUGUCCUACUCCUACAUGGGCAACGAGAUCUCCUACCCACUGAAGCCCUUCCUGGUGGAAGCAGAGAAAGAAGCCUUCUGGGACCGCUGCCUGGACAUCAUCAACCGCAUGAGUGGCAAGAUGCUCCAGAUCAACACCGACCCACACUUCUUUACCCAGGUGUUUGCUGAUCUGAAAAAUGAGAGCAAGAAAGAGGAAGAGAAGACCAAGCUCCUCAUAGGCCUUGACCGAUAAGAGGGCGCUGGGAGUGGGGGGGGGGGUGGAAGGAUAGACAGUGAAUAGGUUAUGGACAGGAAGACUAAUGUAAUCCAGUGUAAUGUUACCUUUGAGCUGUAAUGUUGUCUGGCGUCUCUACUGGUGAUGAUUAACCAACUUUUCAAAUGUAUAAGAUAGAGCUGGUUGUAUGAAACAUAGUGUUGAUGAUAAAUUUACCCGAAGGCUGCAGUUAAACAACAAAGCAGAUAAAAUCAGGGUUGCUGAGGUGUUUCUCAAACCGCCAGUCAUGUUGACUGGAUCUGAUUAGAUUCCCAAGAUUAACAGGCUACUUGUUGGCAUUCAGCAUCCAGGUCCCUGAGCUCAGGGUAACAAGUUUUAAAGCUGAGAUACAAUUGUUGAGAUAAGAUAAGAGGAGAUAAGAUAAAACUUUAUUAAUCCCUUGGGUGGGUUCCUCUGGGAAAUUCGGUGAUUCCCAGUAACAAUAUAUCUGACAAUGAAGAAAAGGAAAGUCAUAUUUCAUCAAAAGCAUGACUAGCAGAGAUCAUGAUGUGACAUUAACAGCAUGAUAGAGAGAGCAAGAGAUCCAUUGUAUUUACCUUUUACCUUGGGUGUAAAGAAAUUUGUCAGUCUGGCCUUUAUGUUAAGAAAUAAAGUCCUGACUAAGUUUUAUUGCGAAAGUUAAUAGAAACAUAAAUGGGUUUAGAGACGCCAGACAACACAGAUUUAGUUACUGAGGCUGGAUAUAUAAAUAUAUAUAUAUAUAUACUGUAUAUGUAUACAGUAUAUAUUUAGCAUUGAGGCAUUUUUAUCUAUAGAGAAUUGAACCAUUGCAUGAGGUCACUUCAUAUGUCCUUGCACAUGACCACUUGCUUAUUGCCAACUCUGCUUUACCUUAUUCCUAAAGUCCUUCCCAAGCUUUAUUGCACUCAUCAAAAGUGGUUCUGCAAGGUCCAUUCGCAUAACAUAAAGAGUAUUAACUUGCAUAGCGUGGAUGAGAUCAAGUCAACCAGAUUGUUUAAUUGGCACUCCUAUUUAUUGUACUGAAGUGGAUUCAUGCAUCCGCAUAUUAUAUAAAGUACUGUAGUUUUAAAGGGACAUUUGGGUUUAUCCAGUCAAAUAUUCUGGGAAUUAGGAGACCAUUUGUCUAUUUUUAAGAGUAUGACAUGCUAAACCUUUUGGCACAGAUGAAUAAUUAUUAAACAAGCCCUUGUGUAAGCUGUUUACAAAUACGUGGGAAAAUGCAAUACUGACCCCUCCAGGGCACAUUUUACACAGGGAAUGAGCUCAUUUAUUUCUCUUACCCUGCACUUUCUCCUGCAGUCCAUAUUGGUGCUGACAACAGAAAGAAAGAAAGAAAGAAAGAAAGAAAGAAAGA